UCAAAAAUGGACGAAGUCCAAGCACGUGUCCAGAAAGCUGUCAGCUCCAUGGUGAAUUCCUUAGAUAAGGAAUGCCUACGGAAGAUGCAGGCAGACAUGUAUCGUUGCAGUACGAAGUGUUGUGAGAACCAGUCGUCUAGUCUAGAAGAGGUUCAGAACUGCAUAGAUCGGUGUUCCACCAAUGUGAACAAAGCUCAGACUUAUAUUCAAAAUGAGCUACAAAAUUAUCAGAGUCGACUUCAGCGGUGCGCAAUGGACUGUCAAGACAAAGUGAGAGAUAAAGUGUCGCCCAGUGCUACAGAAGAGGAGCUCUCCAAGCACAAAGGGGAACUGGAGAAGUGCGUUGUAAAGUGUGCAGAUACCCAUAUAGACUUGAUACAGCCUUUGUUGAAGAAGAUGAAAGAAGUCAUAUCCAAGAAUCAGAUGUGAUUAUAGUUCUAGUUAGGCUGUAUAAUUGGAGUGGUUUAUUUUUAUGAUAAAUAUAUAUAUAUAUAUAUAUAUAUAUAUAUAUAUAUAUAUAGGUAGUGAAGAAUUGUUUUAUUUUUGGAAGGAUGAAUGAGAACACUAACUAGUGUACCCUAGGAAUCAAUAUUUGCGAUAUGCGUUUAGUACAGAAUUGUUAUUAAUACUAGUCCCCUACUGGUCCAACCUGAGGGAACUGUAGAUGUUGUCUGUGUUAACCCCUUUGAACCUAGGAUUCCUCACUGUAUGCUAUGGUUGUCUGGUCCAAAGAGGUCUACAGGGUAAAAAGGGUUUAGUUUUAUUCUUAAUACUGGAUAAAUUCCACUGUUAAGAAAAUAAAGCUAGAAAUGUGUUCAGUAAUAAUUCUGCCAGAUUCAUGUGACAAUAUUUGAGAGAACUGGUGGUGUCUAUAUGUUACGUGGAAAUAAAAUUUAAUGUGUGUGCGUGCGUGUGUGUGUGUACAUAUGCGAAUGGCCAUGGCCAACAUCUGCAUUCCAUUGUUACUUGUAUUAUGCAGGCAUGGUACUUCUUUUUGAAAUCAAGAAAUAUGAAAAAUAUGAAAAGGUCAACCUGCGAGUAUGUGGUUUAAGUGCAUAAAUUGUUUUUUUAUGUGUGUCUGACAUAUGGAUGCAGAUGUGUGUAUUAAAUAUCUAUUGGUAUUAUUAUAAUUAGUUUAUUUUUAAUGGGAACAUGUUAGCUUGACCAUUGAAUACACAAAAAGGUUGCAAUAAAGAUUGUAUUGUAUUACACAUGUACAUCAUCAUAUUCACAUUUUAAAAAGAUACCAUUUAUUAUUGUUUGCAUUGUGACAUAUUAUGUUAAAUUUAUCAUUAAAGGUAUCUAUUCCAUCAACAAUAGAAAGGAAUAUUCUCCAAAGUUUUGUAUCUACCUCUGAAAUGCGUGUGUUUUUAAAUAAAAAAUAAUGAUAAAUACUAAUAAUAAAAAUCUGGCUUGUACAUGAUGUUUGUUUGCAAACUCGCCCAAUCAAGCAACAUUGCAGGUAUCAUAAUGAAUCUUAAAUUACAAAGUACAGUGAAUAUAACGAAAUGUUUAUCACUUACACUUUCACACAGACACACAAACCAUUUCAUGCACACACGUACAUGUACCUGCGGUACAUGUAAUAUACAGUGAUACCUCUCAAAACUAGACCAUUUGUAAAGCGGAAUUCCCUCUUAAGUGGAUGGGUUUUUUAUUGUCCCUUUUUAAUAAUCAGUACAUAAUUUAACCUGUCUAAACCAGAUAUCUCACUAACCCAGACAUUUUACUUGGACCAGAGGGUGUCCUGUUUAGAGGGGUUUCGCUGUACAUACAUUUAUGUAUGAAAACAUUAAUCUUAUCUAUUCCCCAUCAGACGUAUCACAGUACCGUAUUGUAUACAUUUGAAGACCAUGAAAAAAUUCACUGUGUUUUGGUUGCAUGUUGUUUUCCUGUUUUAAGUACCUUAGUUCAAAUUACUCUUGUAAAUCAGAUAGGAAAAACCCUAAAACAGUUGUAUGGAAUUCAUUACAUCAUUAUGUACAUACCUGUAUAUGUAGCAAGAUCAUAGACUGUCCAGUAUAUUAAUUUGGACUUUACUCAACCAAGUUGAGACUUUUUUGUGGAGUUGUCAACUUAAGCAUUUAGUCGGCUAUUGACGUUUUGAAUUUACCAUCUUUAAAAAAAUAUCUAUAAAAUUAAUAAUUGUGAUAUUUUAAUGUAUUGCUUUCUUUUUAAAUAUAGAGCGAUUUUCAGUAGUUUUCGGUAGUUUUCAUAAUAUUUGUAAGUAGGAGAUUGUUUGAAAAAAGUAGACUGUUAUAUCAAUUGAGUUGUAUUAUUCUACGCAUGAAAGUAGGCUACUGAAUAUAGUAAGCUGUAUAAUUGUUAGCAGGAAAAAGUAGACCGCUACAUCUACAGGUUGGCCUAUACCAAAUAAAAUCCCAUAGGUGACCAUGUUAACGUUUGUGCUUAAAAACACUAUGCAAUAUAUCAACCAAACUAUGACCUAUAAAUGUCAGUACUACAACCCCUACCUCAAAGUAUUAACU